AUGGGCCUUCUAUCAGACCCAGAAUAUGGAUCGAUGCGAUUCAUAAAAGUUCUAAAAAGGAUCCAUUCGCCUCUGUGUUUUCUAUUUUACAUUGGUGCUGUUGUAUGGUUCUUUUUAUUAGGGCACCGGGAGUUCAAUAAUGAUACUUACUUCUCGGAAAAUGCAUUACUGCCAGGCCUGGUAACCAAUGAAUUCAAUGGAGAACAAGCUGCGAAACAAUUUCAUAAUGAACUUCUUCAAGAGCUUGAGGAUAAAUAUGAAGAUACAGAUGAGAUGCCAGUGCCAUGGUUGGUUGCUAAGAUGUCGCAGAUUCAUUUAGAAGUGUACACACACAACUUCACACUUAAUUACCCUCUUGGACAAGGACAGGUAUUCAAAGGAACAAAUGUAUAUGGCAUCCUCAGAGCACCUCGAACAUCAUCACUGGAAGCACUGGUGCUCACAGUUCCAUAUAGACCUUUAUCCUCUCAUCAGAAGGGAACUACAGCUGGCAUUGCACUAAUGCUGGCUUUUGCACAAUUUGCUAGACCUAAAAAGUAUUGGGCCAAGGACAUAAUAUUUCUUGUAACGGAACAUGAGCAACUAGGUAUGCAAGCAUGGCUGGAAGCCUACCACGGUCUUCAAAGUGAUUCUGGCACAUUUUAUACCAACCUUGGUAGUUUUUGGAAGUCAAAGAAAAAAGGAUGGGAAUGGACCAAUCAUAGUCGGUGUUUGGAUCCCGGUACUUUAAAAGGAAGGUCAGGAUCGAUACAAGCAGCUAUUAAUUUGGAGUUUCAUACACCAAAGAUAAAGUACAUAGAAGUGAAAGUGGAGGGUCUGAAUGGACAAUUGCCGAACUUAGAUUUAGUAAAUUUAGUGCACAAACUAUGCGUUAAGUCUGGAAUACAUCAUUCCUAUAAAAACAGUUAUGCCUGGGUAAGAAAUCGUAACAGUAUGGACGGAUGGGUGGAUGGAGUGUGGACUAUGUUGGGGAUGAUGUCGGCUCAAAUAGCGGGGGUACCGAACGGCAACCACGGCCUUUUCCAUCGAUUCGGAAUCGAAGCCGUGACCCUCGAAGGUCGAGAUGCCGACGACCCGGCAGGAAUUCCGCCGAGAGUCCACCAAUUAACGGCAACGAAUUUCUACAGACUAGGAACGGCAUUAGAAAGCAUAUUCCGAUCUUUGAAUAAUUUGCUGGAGAGAUUCCAUCAAAGUUACUUCUUCUAUUUGCUGGCAGCGACUGAUCGCUUUAUUUCUAUUGGUCAGUACAUGCCGUCCCUGUGCCUUCUUUGUGGGGCGAUGCUAAUACGCGCUCUAUCUCUAUGGGUGACUAUACAAAAAGAAGACGAUAAAAAAGAAGAUAAGAAAGACAACGACAAAGAUAAAGAUGAAAAGGAUAAGGAAGAAAGUAAAGUUAUCGAAAAUCGUGAAGGGUUAAGAAAAAGAGUUAAAGGAGACUUAAAAGAAGAUAGAGAUAAAAGUAUUUUCAAAGAAGAUAGCGAUAUAAAAGAAACAGAAAGUAUUAGUAUUGUCAGUAUUGGGGCAAAUUAUUUUUUGGCGCAUUUGAUUGGGUUGGGUGUUUUGAAUUCUCCUCUUGUCUUUAGUCAUAUUGGAGCAAAAUACUUCGAUAAGCCAUCAGAAGUCUCCGUCUAUUACGGACUAUUUUGUGUGUCCGCGCUUAUAGUGGUUAUAUCACCAUUCCUCUUGAAGCUAUUUCGUCAACGCCCUGCGAACAGAGAUGAACUGACUAUUAUCAAUAUUCUGCUCCUCAUAGAAAUGUCCACGUUGGGUCUUUGUGUGGGUAUGCAUAAUAUAUCAUUGGGGCUGUGUGUGUGUGCGUUGUAUACUCCGUUAGCCCUGCUCGUCGGUGUCCGAGAAGCGAAGGGUGGACUUAAACGGUCACUUUCAGUAUAUCUGAAACAGUGCAUAUGCCUCCUGCUGCAUCCAUUGGUGAUUUUAACGGUGUGUAUGAUGGUGUAUUCCCGGGUUCUAUUCCCGGAAGAACCACUUCUGAGUGCGUUGGGUCGAGGGAGAGAUGCGGCGAUGCAAGCAAUCAUGUUCUCUAUUGUGGAUUCCUUGAUAUAUGGAAACUGGUUGUUCAACGUGGCGACGACAGUGUUAUUGCCCGUUUGGAUUAUAUCUUGGCAAUUAUUGUGUGUUACUGUCGCUUAG